GCGUCAUCGUGAGGAUGGAGUCUCUGGGGCCAUCGCCACCCUCAACGAGCUGCACGGGUCCUCUGAGGACCCUGGCAGCCGUAAUUUGCUGCCCAGCGCGGCGCAAUUGGCCUGCCUGGGCCGGGUCGAAUUUGCCCGCCGCGAGCAUGGUCCGCCACGUGCAAACUUGCACGGGCGGGGAACCCUGGAGGAGCUCCUGUGGAAGCAGAGCUACGGCGGGGCCGCUGGAGCUGUUGCCUCCCUCGAGGUGGAGCGGGUAGCCUUGCCCAGUCUCCAGCGCCGACCCGCUCGCGUCCAGGAUGUUGGCGGCUCGGCGGGCGUGAAGGUUCUCGAGGUUCUCGAGAGUUUGGUUCGGGCGCCCGAGGAGGGCGAGGCCGAGGGGGUGCGUCGUCAGCUACGCCGGGCCUACAACGGCCCGAUCGUUCGCCAGAAGCCGAAGGAGUAUGCGAAGCUCCUGAGGAAGCUGCGCGAGCGGGGGAUCAUCGAGUACAGGCGGAGCUGCAAGAAGAGUGCAGGCGGCAGUUUUGGGCGGCUCGAGAUCGAGGGGGCCGAGCCGGCGCGCGUCUCUCGGGUCGACAUUGAGGUGGCCUUCCGCUCCAUUGGGCUGCCCGAGGAGCCGCGGGAGUACUUCGGGAUGGAGCCUGUGUGCGUUGGCGCGGUCGGCGUCGGUUGGCUGGGCGGGGUGCGCCUGCGUCCUGGAGAGAAGGUCGUGCCGGUGCUGAGCGUGCUGCCCGCGGGCUUCAAGGGGGCGCUGUGCGUCUGCCAGGCCCUUCGCGAGUCCGUGGCCGAGAGGGUCGCCGGCGUCGAGGUGGAGAACAGGCUG